UGAAUUGGAUUUGGAUCGUUGAUAUUUGGAUUGAAAUCCACACAGUCCAGCCCAAUCCCCUAAUUCACACCCCUAUAUUGAAUCGAAUGAACUGGGUGAUCAUUAUCUUAUACAGAAAUAUCUUCACUUUGGCUUUGUGAUUAGGGUUUGUUUUUGGGAGAGAGAGAAAUAAAGAAUGAAGGUUAAAAUCCAGGGGUUAGGAACACCUCGAAUCGAGAUUGAAGUCAACCCUGACGAUAAGAUUUCUGAUCUCAAGAAAAAAAUUGAAGGUGUGUUUGGAGCGAAUGACUUCCCUGCUGCAACUCAAAUUCUUGUUAACCGGAGACGGUAUUUAAAGUGUGAACAUAGCACUUUGCGGGAGCUAAACGUUGUGGGAAAUGGAAAAAUUGGUGUUAUUGCCGCCCCGAUAAUGCGCAAUUUGAUGCCCAAACCAGUAUGGGCUAGUGCAGCAGGUUCUUCAUCUCCGGCUCAAGUUGCUUCAGUCAUCUCGUCUGCUGUGCCAAAACCGCCAAAACUAAAUGCGCAAGAGGUAGCCUCUCUUCGUGCAAGGACCCAAGACUUGGCAUUAAAUGAUUAAAGUCUACACUUGGAAGAAGAAUUUGAAUGGGGGGCUUGUGAAUACGAAAUCCAUUGUCAAGUAAAGAGAUUGUUUGUUUUAGGUGCAUAUGCUGGUUUUUGGUUAUGAUCUUGCUUAUAGGACAUCUAGGUUACGUGGAUUGGGUUGGUACGAAACUGAGGGCAACUCUGUUUGUGGAUGCUGAGCUUUUUGUAAAUGAAUGCUGUAUAGACUUGGUUUUUUGCUUGGCCAGGCCAAAAUCUGUUCUAUCUGGGGUUUCUCAUCUUUGAGACUUCUAAGUAUAAUACAUGAAAACUUGAACCUGAUUCCAGUUUA